AUGUUGCUGUUGAAAUUUGUUCAUCAUCCAUUAAAAACCUUCGUUCAUCCGCGACUCUUUAUUUGUCGUCAUCAAUCACAAAAGCUCGUUGAUUUGAUAAAUAAAAAGACACCUGUCGAACUUGAAACGAAUGAUGAAUUAGAAAAUCAUCCAUGUGAAAACACCAUCGAAUGGAAUAAAAAGCUAAAAGCAUAUCGCAUGCGUGGCGAAGGUAACAAAGCAUUAAAAUUCUUUGAAAUUGGCCUACGAAAAUAUGCUUUUCAACCUGAUUACAUUACGUACAUUAGCAUGCUCGAAUUAUGCAAAGAAAUCAAAGAUCUUGACAACGGAAGAUUUAUCCAUCGACGGAUCUGGAAUUCAUCUGUCCGAGAAAAUAGUCGAAUACAAACUCUUCUCAUGGAGCUGUAUAUGAAAUGCGGAGAUAUGGACAGUGCACGAGAAAUGUUUGAUUCAUUGAAACAUCGAACAGUUGUUGAAUACAACACAUUGAUGACAGCUUACAAUAAUAAUCAACUUCCUGAUCAAGUAAUUCAUUUGUUCCAUACAAUGUCGGAGAAGGAUAAAGUCAAACCGAAUAGCACAUCGUAUAUGAUAUACAUUCAAGCCUGCAUUAAGCUAAAAGCUUUUGACAAAGGCAAAGCGAUACACGAAGAACUCAUGGAAAAGUCAUCAGUGUAUACAAAGAAUAAGGAAUUGAUGAAUCAAAUUGUGACACUGUAUACAGCAGCAGGUGAUUAUUCGACAGCCGAAGAAUACUUCAGAAAAAUAAAAGAACCAACGGUGCCGAAUUACGUAGCAUUGAUGAAUUAUUACAAUCAAUCGGAGAAAUAUGAAGAAACAUGGAAAUUAUACGAGCAAAUGAAAGCACAACGGAAAAUUCAACCGGAUGUACCAACAUAUCUAGCCGUUCUAUCAGCUGUUAAACAAUUGAAGGAUUCUGCGAAGGCUAAACAGAUACAAGAAGAUAUUACCAAGCAAAAUCUCUGGCAAAACCAUGCGGAGAUAGAAAAACUAUUUGCAGAAAUUGUGAAAACAUCAAAUGAAUAG